UAUUUCAUUGAAGAGAAUUUAGAAUACAUAGAAAAAUAAGGAGGCUGGCUGGAAUUAGAUUCACCUGGCGAUGGCGACACCUCCCGCAGACCGCCGCAGCCUCCGUCACCCUCCUCCUCCUCCUCCUCCUCCUCCUCCGCCCGAUCUCGCGGUUGCCCCGAGCUCCGAGAUCCCGCCGUCGUCGGAGGGCCGAUCCCUCUCCCUGCUCCUCCCCGUCCUCAUGCUCUUCUUCCUUCUCCUUUGCUUCCUAUCCAUCUUCCUCCUCCGCGACGUCCUCCACUUCGCCUGCCUUUCCAUCCGCCGCCGCCGUCGCCACUCCCGUGACCCCUCAGCCCCCGCCGGGGUUGGGAGCGAGGGGGCGAAGGCGGGGCUGGACCCGGCAAUCCUGGCGUCAUUCCCGAUGCUGCCGUACGCGGCGGUGAGGGGGGUGCAGGAGGGGAAGUGUGAGGCAGAGUGCGCGGUGUGCUUGGCAGAAUUCAGAGGCAGCGACGCCGUGCGGCUGCUGACGGUGUGCUGCCAUGCGUUCCAUCCGGCAUGCAUCGACUUGUGGCUUGAAACUCACACCACCUGCCCCCUCUGCCGCUCUGAUCUGCAGGCGCCGCCCGACGAGGCCGCCGUCAUCGCCGUCCAUGAGGUGGCUGUCGAUAGCAGCAACCUCAACAGCAGUGGGAGCCACACGAUUGCGAUCGAGGAGGCGGAGGAGAGGAGCCGAAAAUCGCGGUCGUCGAGCCUUUCGAUCGCAAUAGAGAGAGGGGAGGAGGGAGGAGUAUAAGAACACCCUCAGGUGUAUUUAUCUAUAUCUGCUUUAUUUAGUUUUCUGUGUUUUUCCUUCUUUUUUUUUAUGUCUAGAUGGUAUUUUAGUUUUGCUGCCCUCAUGUCUGAUCAAGACGAGGAGCAGUUCAAUAGGCGUCGUUCAUGGUGUUUUGUAUCGCUUCUACGUGUAUAUAGAUAGACAGCAAGCUGAUGUAAAAAUACCAUAUAAGAACAUAUAAAAAUAAGUAAAUAAUGUUGAAAAGAAAAGGAA